GUCCGCGUGUGUAAUCCUGGGGAGCCCGGCGGCGUGAGGCUGGGGCUGGGGGCGGAAGGCGGAGGCUCCUGACGCCGCCCUCGGACCCUCCAGGCCGGCUGCCCCCCAGGCCCCGCCGCCCUCACCAUGCCGACCCGUGUGCCCCGGAGGCUGCUGCUGCUGCUGCUGCUGCUCUGGCUGUGGGGGCCGCUGCUGCCGAGGGCGGAGACAGGCUCGGAGGGGCAGACGGCGUGGGCGCUGUACCAGCGCUGGGAGCGCUACCGCAGGGAAUGCCAGGGGACCCUGGAGGCCGCGGAGCCCCCGGCAGGCCUCGCCUGUAAUGGGUCCUUCGAUAUGUACGUCUGCUGGGACUACGCUGCACCCAACACCACUGCCCGUGCUUCCUGUCCCUGGUACCUGCCCUGGCACCGUCACGUGGCUGCAGGCUUUGUUCUCCGCCAGUGUGGCAGUGAUGGCCAAUGGGGACCUUGGAGAGACCAUUCUCAGUGUGAGAACCCAGAGAAGAAUGGGACCUAUCAGAACCAAAAGCUGAUCUUGGAGCGGCUACAGGUCAUGUACACCGUGGGCUACUCCCUGUCCCUGGCCGCGCUGCUGCUGGCCCUGCUCAUCUUGAGUUUCUUCAGGCGGCUGCACUGCACGCGCAACUACAUUCACAUCAACCUGUUCACGUCUUUCAUGCUCCGGGCAGCAGCCAUCCUCACCCGAGACCGGCUGCUACCUCCACUGAGCCCCGCACCCGGGGACCAGGCCCCUAUCCUGUGGGACCAGGCUCUAGCCCCCUGCAGGACGGCCCAGAUCGUGACCCAGUACUGCGUGGGCGCCAACUACACCUGGCUGCUGGUGGAGGGCAUCUACCUGCACAGCCUCCUGGUGCUCGUGGGAGGCUCCGAGGGGGGCCACUUCCGCGGCUACCUGCUCUUCGGCUGGGGGGCCCCCGCGCUUUUCGUCAUUCCCUGGGUGAUCGUCAGGUACCUGUACGAGAACACGCAGUGCUGGGAGCGGAACGACGUCAAGGCCAUUUGGUGGAUCAUACGCACCCCUAUCUUCAUGACCAUUUUGGUUAAUUUCUUCAUCUUUAUCCGAAUCCUUGGCAUCCUCGUGUCCAAGCUGAGGACCCAGCAGAUGCGCUGCCCGGACUACCGGCUAAGGCUGGCUCGCUCCACGCUGACGCUGGUGCCGCUGCUGGGUGUCCACGAGGUGGUGUCUGCUCCUGUGACCGAGGAACAAGUCCGGGGCCACCUGCGCUUCGCCAAGCUCGGCUUUGAGAUCUUCCUCAGCUCCUUCCAGGGCUUGCUGGUCAGCUUCCUCUACUGCUUCAUCAACAAGGAGGUGCAGUCCGAGAUCCGCCGAGGUUGGCACCGCUGCCGCCUGCGCCGCAGCCUCAGAGAGGAGCCGCACCAGCCCCCACAGCGUGCCUCUCUGACCCUGCAGUUGAGCUCCGGACCCAGACAGGUCGCCACUGGCCGUGCCCUGUCCUCGGGGAACCUUCCAGGGCCUGGGGAUGAGGCCAGCCGGGUCUUGGAAAGUUACUGCUAGGCAGCGGGAUUCCUGUGAUCAUUCCGUUAGCAUGUAUUUAUUGAGCGCCUACUGUGUACCAGGCCCCUUGUGGAGGGAGGGCGAUGGGGAAAUGGGGUGGAAGGAAACAGAGAAAGGCCCCUAGAGUUCGAAAUUGAGUGGGGGAAACAGGCCCUUAAGACAAUACGUGGUUAUAUAUAGGCUGUGGAGUGGAAUGGCUUCUGAAGGAAAAUUAGAAGGGGUAUAUGGUGGUCAGGGAGGACAUCUCUGAGGAGGUAACAUUUAAGCCAUACCUGCCAGAGGUGCAGGAGACAACUGGUAGGCAAGAUUCUAGGCAGAAGGAAUAGCAUCUGCAGAGGCACUUGGCCAUGUCUUGGGAGCAGACAGGUGGCCUGCAUGGCUGGAGCUGGGAUGAGUCAGAGCCAAAUGGAGAGAGAAGUGAGCAGGGGCAAAGAGUUGGGAUUUUAUUCCAGGUGCACUGAAAACUCUUAGCAGGAGCAUCUCAUGGGCUGUGUGUGUGUGUGUGUGUGUGUGUGUUUUAUUAAUUGAGAAACAUCAAUUUGUUGUUCCACGUAUUUAUUUAUGCAUUCGCUGGUUGAUUCUUUUAUUUAAAUAAAGUAUGUUUUUAUUGCUACUUUUGAGAGAGAGGAAGGGAGAGGGAGAAACAUCAAUGUGAGCAACAUCUAUUCGUUUACCCGUUGCCUCCUGUACAAACCCUGAUCUGGGAUCAAAACCACAACCUGGGCAUCUGCCCUGGCUGGAAAGCGAACCAGCGGUUCUUCAGUGCACGGAGCAACACUCAGCCAACAGAGCUACACAGGCCAGGGCUACCUAUUGGCCGCUUCUUGUAUGUGCUCUGACCGGGGGCCAAACUCGAAACCUUGGUGUAUCGCAGGGAGAGGGAACAUCUGGUUCAUGGGCUCUAUAAGGUCUGCAAGAUCAUUUGGUCUGGCCCUGCCAAGGCAUCGGGGGUGAGUUAAUCCAAUGUUUGACCAAAUAUAGCAGGCUAAUUUUUAAGUUGAUAAUUUUGCGUGGCCUGCGAAUGAUGUUACAAAUAUCCAAAUGGCCUUUGGCAGAAAAAAGGUUCCCCUCCCCUGGUGAUUUGGGGCAAUGCUCCAACCAACUGAACUACCCGCUACCCAGCCGGGGCUCAUGGGCUAAUGUUUUAAACAGAGCCUUCUGUCUGCCCUAUGGGGGGACCGAUUACUAGGGAUGGACGCUGGGAGCCCAGUGAGGAGACUGCAGGCGGGAGGUGAUGGAGGCUGACCCAGGUGGUAGCCAUGGAGGAGCGUGAAGCAGUUGGACUAGAGCUAUUUUAAAGGUAGAACUGAGGAUUUGGCAAUGAAUUGCAUGAGAAAGUUCAGCAAGAAGAGAAAGAAGUCCAGGAAGACCUGUCGGUUUGAGACUGUGGGGAAAGGAAAGGGAGGUUGGGUUUAGGGUGGGGUGAACCGAGAGUGCUCUUUGGAGGUGUUAAGCUGGGACUAAAGGUCUGGAGCUCAGGCAGAGGUUAGAGCUGGAGACAGAAGUGUGAGCCCACUGGGGUCCAGAGAGGAGGAUUCAGUGUAGAUAUAAACACGGGCAAUUUCAGGGCAGGCCCCGGCAGAAACCUUGCAUCCAGAGAGGCCGGGACCACUGCUGGCUGGGGAGUGUGGCCACACAUCCUCACCCUCCUGAGUGGCCCCCUGGGCACUGGGAGAAUUGGGGGAAGCCAACAGCCACACUGUAGCUGGAUCACCUGCACACACCCAAGCCCUCACUCCUAAUCCUCCCCCCACAGAUAGAUUCGAUUAGAACCUGGGUGUUGGCAAUUAUUUUCCUUGAGUCUCCAGCUCCCUGGACCGACAAACUCAGAGUCCUUUAAACAUGAGGUGGCCUUGCCGCCCCCCACCCCUUCCUUGUGGGUUCUGGGGGAGUAGAGGCCCUAAGGCAGGGUCCUCAUAAAUCAGGGUAGGGAACAUCCGGCCCUCGGGCCAUAUAAGGCCCUUGAAACCACGUGGUUUGGCCCUGCCACGGCAUUAGGGGUGAGUUAAUUAAAUGUUUGACCAAAUAUAGCGGCUAAUUUUUAAGUUGAUGAUUUUUCAUGGCCUGGGAAUGAUGUUGUAAAUAUCCAAAUGGCCCCUGGCAGAAACAAGGCUCCCCGCCCCUGUAAUGUAAAUAAAGCAUGAGAAACAGUUGUGCUGUGUUUUUGGUGUG